AUAACAAUGGAGCAAGCUAAAAGUGAAAUUGAUGGAUCUCUGGUGCUUAGCUCAUUCUGCAUGAAACGUAUCGGGCUAUCUUUCGAAAGUCCAAAAGAAUUCUCAUCGUUACUUCGUCAAAAAAUUAUGUUCUUAUUAUCGUUUUCUGGUAUUUGCUAUCAUGUAUUCAGUGAAAUCGUGUACAUUGGUCUCACAUUGACCAAUUCGCCACGAGUCGAAGAUGUCGUGCCACUUUUCCAUACCUUCGGCUAUGGCGCUCUAAGUAUUGCUAAGGUGCUGUCUUUGUGGUACAAAAAAGAUAUAUUCAGUCAACUUCUCAAAGAACUAAGCGAGAUAUGGCCUACGAUUCCGCUUGACGAAGAUGCCCAAUCCAUCAAAACUAGAAGCUUGAGUGCUUUACAUGUGACACAAAGAUGGUACUUCGCUACCAAUGUCCUUGGAGUGUGGUUUUAUAAUGUAACUCCAAUUGUUAAGUAUAUGUAUCGUUGGCUCAAAGAAGGCGAUGGACAAAUAGGCUUUGUCUGGGUUUCCUGGUAUCCGUUUGAUAAGAACGGAACUGUAGCUCACAUCGCUGUUUACAUCUUUGAAAUUUUCGCAGGUCAAACUUGCGUCUGGAUAAUGGUCUCAACGGACCUUUUAUUCUCCGGUAUGGCCAGUCACAUCAGUAUGUUAUUAAAGUUACUUCAACGUCGCUUGCAAUGUUUUGGAACUACACCACAAACUGAUGACGUAAACUAUCAAGAAAUAAUUGCGAUAAUUAAGCUCCACCAACGUCUUAUCAGGUAUUGCAAUGACUUAGAAGGCGUAUUUUCAUUUUCUAAUCUGGUAAACGUCGUACUAAGUUCUAUGAACAUCUGCUGUGUGGUUUUCGUCAUUAUGUUAUUGGAACCGUUGCCAGCUUUGAGCAGCAAACUGUUCUUAGUGUCCGCUUUAAUACAAAUAGGAAUGCUGUGUUGGUACGCAGAUGAUAUUUUUCAUGCGAACGGUGACGUAGCUACUGCUGCUUUCAACAGCGGUUGGUACAGAACCAGCCCUAAGUGUCGACGGUCCCUAUUGUUUCUUAUACGGCGAGCUCAAAAACCGAUAGCAUUUACUGCUAUGAACUUCACUAAUAUAUCGCUUGCCACUUAUUCCGCGAUUCUCACGAGAUCGUAUUCGUAUUUUGCUCUACUUUACACAAUGUACAGAGAAAAUUAGGUGAUCUCUAAUGCAUCACCAAAAAUCAGAAUCCAAGGUUCAGCCUGGCAUUACAAUGGGAAUGAAAUUACUGUCGUUAUUUAUAAUGUGUUGUGUUAUUUAUGAUGUUUUCUACAUUCACCACCAAGAAAAUCACUUAGAUUAA